AUGACAGUUCAAGCUCUGUUUCCAUACUUCACAUCGACUACCGUUAUGGAUGUCCACAAGCGCUACCCAUUGGCCGUCGGCUUGCCAAUUCUAUCCUCCCUGUCCAUUGCAGUCGGGAUUCCGCCGUUGAUUUUACUUGCCAAGAAUCGUAACUACCCUGCAGCUAGUCUGAUCUCAUGGUCGAUUCUUUUGAAUCUGUUCAACAUCAUCAAUGCCCUCUGCUGGCCCACAGACGACGUGGGCUCGUGGUGGGACGGCUCCGGCCUGUGUGAUAUCGAAGUCAAAUUCAUGGUUGCCGGCUACCUAGGCGUCCCAGGAAGCUUGCUAUGCAUUUUCCGCAGUCUUGCCAUUGUCCUAGACACAGACCGUGCAACAUUAGUCCCAAGCAAAAGUCAACGCUGGCGCAAGCGUUUCGUUGAAAUUCUGUUCUGCGUCAUCGUUCCUCUUGUGGCAAUGGUCACCCACAUCGCCUACCAAAAGAGCCGCUACUACCUGUACGCCAUCUCCGGUUGCGUGAACAACUACGACGAGAGCUGGGUCAGCCUGGCCCUGGCCUACAUCUGGCCGCCAAUUAUCUGCAUAAUAGCAGCCUACUACUGCCGUAAGCAACCCUCCCCAAUUCCCUCUUCUCCAAAACGAAACCCAGCCCUAACACCCACAGUCCUGGUCCUCAUCCGCGUCCGCAGAUACAGGAACGACUUCGCCAACAUCCUCCGCGCCUCAAGCAGCAACCUCAGCAAAUCCCGCUUCCUGCGCCUCUUCUUCCUAGCCCUUUCAAUGCUAGUCUGCAUCCUCCCUCUCCAAGGCUUCGUCCUCUACUACGACAUCACCCUCGCCCUCCCCUGGCACCCCUACGCCUGGAGCCGCGUCCAUGCAGACGAUUGGUCAUCCAUCAUCAAAGUGCCAGCAGCCGGCCACGUCUUUUUCGACCGCUGGACCCCCGUCGCAUCCGGCUUCAUGAUUUUCAUCUUCUUCGGCUUCGGCCGCGACGCUACCCGCAUGUACCGCACCAUCUUCUGGUACCUCGGGCUUGGAUACUGCUUCGCAGGUAUCGAGCCGCCGUCCAGCACGCACGAUAGCGUGCCAAGUCCGCGUGCCGAGUCCGGGACCACCCUUGUCGGGUCUAUUAGUUCGCGCGCAAAAUCGCUCUUCUCCCGCUCGAACGGUACUCUCGUUGCGAGGGCUUCGACAUACCAUGAUAUCGAGAAGGGCAUUUGGUCUACUCGUGUUCGUCCUGAUUCGAGGCCUGUUAGUCGCUGGAAUUGGCUGUCUUCGCUCUCUGGGCGUCGACCCAGUGCUGCUGAUUUGGGGACGCCGUUGCAUGAUCUUUCUGUUGAUAAGACUAUUCAUACUAAUGCUUGGGCUAGUCAACGGAGGAGCGGGGACUAUUCUCCUGGGCCUGUUUCGCCGGUGCGAACUAAGGAUUUCAUUCAUGUGCGCCAGGUUAUUACCCAGCAGAGUGAGGUUCAAGUUGAGGUUUAG